UGGAUUCAUUGCAUCUCUCUGUGUAUAUAUAUAAAAUAUAAUAAUAUAUGCAUAUAUUUGAUAUCAGAAAAUAAGGACCCCACUUUGACAAUAAAAAGAUGGCUCUCAUACACACAUACAAUGUAUAACGUUUCUUCACACAAUUCAUCUCUUUACCCCGCUCUUCUCUUCUCUUUUUGCCCUGUCAUAGGGUUUCUGAUGACCUCUUGCCUUUCAAUUCUCUGAUGCAUUCAUUGUUUGAAUCUCUAUACGUUGCUUUCACCACCUUGUUCUCUGUAAAUUUGUUCUUUUUCGCUCUCGAUCGAGGGUUUUUUGGGCUUAAACGGUUCGGAUUCGACCACCCUAGGGUUUUCCAACAGUAUUCAUGUCGAAGCUCUUCAGUUACAGUGGAUAUGGUGAUUUUUACUCUGGUGGUCCAAUCUACCCAAAUCCCAAGGAAUCAAGUACAUUUUUGUCCCUUGGAAAUCAUGUGGACAUGUAUUUUCCUUCUCGCAAAAGGUCUCGCAUCAGUGCCCCUUUUGUAUUCAAUGGAGAAAGGUUUGAGCAGAAGAAGCAAGCUUCCAUUGAUGUUCUUCCUGACGAAUGCCUCUUUGAGGUUCUCAGACGUCUCCCUGGAGGGCAAGAAAGAAGUGCCUCUGCUUGUGUUUCCAAGCGCUGGCUUAUGCUUUUAAGUAGCAUCCGUAGGGAUGAACUCUCUGCCAACAGAACCCGGUCUUUGGAGCGUGAGGAAAGAUUGACUUCUAAUAAGGCUGAUGAGUCCUCUGAGUGUAACAAGAGAGCUGGAGUUGUUGGUUCUAAUGGUAACAAAGUUGAAUCUGAGGCUGAGGAUCAAGAGAUAGAGGUUGAUGGAUACCUUUCCAGGUGCCUGGAAGGGAAGAAAGCUACUGAUGUCAGACUUGCAUCCAUCGCUGUUGGAACUGGAAGCCGUGGAGGAUUGGGAAAGCUUUCUAUCCGAGGAAGCAAUUCUAGUCAGAGGCUGACAAACCUUGGCCUCAAGGCAAUUGCUCGGUGCUGCCCUUAUUUAAGGGUUCUUUCCCUGUGGAAUGUAUCUUCUAUAGGAGAUGACGGCCUAAUUGAGAUUGCUAAUGGUUGUCGCCUGUUGGAGAAGCUUGACCUCUGCAGGUGCCCGGCAAUUUCCGACAAAGCUUUGCUGGCUAUUGCAAAAAAUUGUCCUAAUCUGACAUGUCUAACAAUAGAAUCUUGUUCCAACAUUGGGAAUGAGAGCCUGCAAGCUAUUGGCCGUUCCUGCCCCAACUUGAAGUCCAUUUCAAUCAAAAACUGCCCGCUUGUUGGGGACCAAGGAAUUGCAACUCUGUUGUCAUCAGCCAGUAAUGCGCUGACAAAGGUGAAGCUAGAAGCUUUGAACAUCAGUGAUGUGUCUCUUGCUGUUAUUGGACACUAUGGUAAGGCAGUUACUGACUUGGUUCUCAUUGGCCUCAAAAAUUUAAGUGAGAGGGGCUUUUGGGUCAUGGGUAACGGUCAUGGUUUACAGAAGUUGAUGACUUUUACAAUUACCUCUUGCCAAGGAGUUACUGAUUUAGGGCUUGAAGCUGUGGGUAAAGGUUGCCCUAAACUGAAGCAGUUUUGCCUUCGUAAAUGUGCAUUCUUAUCAGACAAUGGAUUGAUUUCUUUUGUUAAAGCUGCGGGGUCACUUGAGAGCCUGAAAUUGGAGGAAUGCCACAGGAUUACCCAGUUAGGGUUUUUUGGCAUCAUUGUUAACUGUGGUGGAAAUUUGAAGGCUCUUGCUCUGGCAAACUGCUUGGGAAUUAAGGACUUGGUUAUUGGGUGCCCUCUAAAUUCUCUUUGCAAUUCCCUGGAAUCUUUGUCCGUCCGUAACUGCCCUGGUUUUGGCAAUUCUAGUUUGGCUUUGAUGGGUAAAUUGUGCCCUAAAUUGCAGCAUGUGGACCUCAAUGGCCUAAAUGGAGUAACAGAUGAUGGGUUUCUCCAACUUAUUGAGAGUUGUGAGCCCUUUCUGGCAAAGGUUGAACUUGGUGCUUGUGUGAACUUGACAGACAAAGUGGUUUCAGCCAUUGCUAAGCGUCAUGGUCGGACUCUUGAGCUGCUGAAUCUUGAUGGUUGCCGUUAUAUAACUGAUGCAAGCUUGAGAACGAUUGCCGAGAAUUGUUCUUUUCUAAGUGAACUUGAUGUAUCUAAUUGUGCCAUCACCGAUGCUGGCAUUGCAGCAUUGGCUUGUGCAGUCCAGGUUAAUCUGCAGAUCCUAUCUGUGUCUGGUUGCUCCCUAAUAUCUGACAAGAGCUCGUCUUCUCUGGGAAAGCUGGGUGAGACGCUUGUGGGAUUGAACAUCCAACACUGCAGCGCAAUUAGCAGAAGCACAGUCAAUCUGCUUGUGGAACGGCUAUGGCGAUGUGAUGUUCUUUCCUGAGCAAGGAGCGAAAUGCAAACCCUCUUUCUGACUCGGGGUGGAUGAAUUCCAGUAAACUCUUGAUUGUAGGAGCAUAUGUGUUGUUUUUUGGUCCAUCAUCUGUGGGCCUUCUUGUAGUCCAGUGACCUGGUUACUUUUUCCAGGGGAUUAUGCGGGUUACUCUUUUUUUGCAGCUUUCCUUUCAUUAGGAAGCUGUUGGAAGAAUUUUGGUCCCCCAAAUGAUGGGGUGCACAUUCUCCGUGCCUGCACUUCCCUGAGAAUACAGCUACUGGGUUCUGGUUCUGGACUUUUUACAUAUGUUCCUGCUUUUGUGUUACUGGGGGUUGGCACCUGAUAUUUUACCUUACCUUAGCCUAGUCUCGCAUCGAUAUGCUACAAGCAGUGGAUAAGCUUUCUAUAUGCUUCCAGUUUCUAAACUCUGUUUUUGCUCUGUCCACUUGCAGUUCUACCGGGUCUUCCAUGUUAUUUGAACCUGUGUUCUGCACUCGUCGGUUGGGUCUCUGUUUUCCUCUUAGAGUGGCUCGAGAUUGCCCUUCUCUGUUUUUUAAACGGUUGCAUUUGACAGUUCAAAGUGUGUUGCCUUGGGUGUGCUUGGGCUUUGGUCUUGGCAGAAGUUUCCUUCAGUCUGCCAUUGACAACUCUUUUCCUAUUGGGAGGAGGAGUUUGUUCUUUUUUCUUACCAAGCCCUUGUUUUGCAGGCUUCACUUGUUCAUGAACUGUAUUCUGCUACCUCUAUGUAAUGUGAUAGAAUAGAUAAUUGCCUAGUGUUGUAUUGCCUUGAGUUUUAUGUAAUGAUGCUGAAUAAAAAACGUUCAAAGAGUUUUCUUUGUGAUA